GUCAACUUAGGAAGUUCCGCUAUGGCGGUCGCACUAUUAAUAAAUAAAAGAAUUCAAAAAGUAUUCCGAACACAUGUUAAAUUAGUUAGAUCUGUUACUAGUAACCAUUCUAUAAUAUUAAAUAAACCGCAAUUAAGCAUAGUAUGUAAGCAAUGUGCUGUUACGAGCUAUCUCAGAUUUUAUUCGUCGCCAAGCCCGAACAAUCAGGGGGGUCAGGAUUCCGCCAAAAAUGUUUUGGCGGCAGUGUUGGCAAACAAACCAAAGACUGGGAAAAUACCCGUUGGGGUCCAAAAAAGAGACUGUUUUCACCCAGGUGCAUCUGUUUUGUCCCGUGAAGAUAUAAGCCUGGGUGAUACGAAACCUGUUUCCACUGUGGACAUGUUCAGGGGCUUGAUGGAGUAUGUAUGGCCUAAGGAUAACCAAGCCAUCCGGAAUCGUGUAACACUGUCCCUGUCACUCCUGUUUGGUGCGAAAGUGAUGAAUGUGACGGUGCCAUUCCUUUUUAAAUAUGCUGUGGACGAAGUGAACCAAGUGGCGACGACACCGGCCGGAGACGCGCUGCUCGGCAUGGCCACUGUGCCGCAGGCGCUAGGAACAACAGCUUUCAGCUUAUUGGUAGGAUACGGGCUGGCGCGCGCCACGGCGGCCGGCUUCAACGAGCUGCGCAACGCCGUGUUCGCGCGCGUCGCCCAGCACUCCAUCCGCCGCCUCGCCUGCAACGUCUUCACGCAUCUGCACAACCUGGACCUCGGCUUCCAUCUCGGCAGGCAGACCGGGGCCCUGUCCAAGACAAUAGACCGGGGGUCGAGGGCCAUAAACUUUGUCCUUUCGGCCAUGAUUUUCAACGUUGUACCGACCAUAUUCGAGCUCACAUUGGUGUCUACUAUACUGGGAGUCAAGGGAGGACUUGCUUUUGCGGGGCUGGCGGUCGGCUGCGUGGGCGUGUACGCCGCCUUCACGCUCGCCAUCACGCAGUGGAGGACGCAGUUCCGCGUGCGCAUGAACCGCGCGGAGAACCAGGCCGGCAACACCGCCAUCGACUCGCUCAUCAACUACGAGACCGUCAAGUACUUCAACAACGAGCGCCACGAGCUCGAAAAGUACGACGCCAGCCUGCGCCAGUACGAGAGCGCGUCCCUCAAGACGGCGUGGAGCCUCGCCGCGCUCAACUUCGGACAGCACGCCAUCUUCAGCGCCGGACUCAGCCUCGUCAUGCUGCUCGCCGCGCGGGAGAUAGCCGCCGGUAACAUGACGGUGGGCGACUUGGUGAUGGUGAACGGUCUCCUGUUCCAGCUGUCCAUCCCGCUCGGCUUCCUGGGCUCCGUGUACCGGGAGGUGCGCCAGGCGCUCGUCGACAUGCAGACCAUGUUCACGCUCAUGACCGUGCAGUCCCGGAUCAAGGAGAUACAGAAAGCUCCGCCGCUGGUCGUGGACAGUAGGACGGCCACGAUAGAGUUCAGAGACGUGAACUUCAAGUACGUGAACGGGAAGCCGAUAUUCAACAACCUCAGCUUCUCGAUCCCGGCCGGCGCCAAGAUCGGCAUCGUGGGCGGCUCGGGCUCCGGAAAAUCCACAAUGGUCCGACUGUUGUACCGAUUCUUCGAACCGCAGUCCGGGAACAUAUUCAUCAACGGACAGAACAUCCGGGACGUGGACCUGGUUAGCUUGAGGAAGGCCAUCGCAGUCGUUCCGCAGGACUGCGUGCUGUUCCACGACACGAUAUUCCACAACCUGCACUACGGAGACCUGAGCAAGUCCCGGGAGCAGGUGUACGCCGCCAGCAGACUCGCCGAGCUGCACGACGCGGUGCUCACCUGGCCCAAGGGCUACGAGACGGAGGUCGGCGAGCGCGGCCUGAAGCUGUCCGGGGGCGAGAAGCAGCGCGUGGGCAUCGCGCGCGCCAUCCUCAAGGACGCGCCGCUGCUGCUGCACGACGAGGCCACCUCCAGCCUCGACUCCCUCACCGAGCACGCGAUCCUGCAAGCGUUGAAGGCAGCGACGGUCGGGAAGACGUCGAUCUGCAUCGCGCACCGCCUCUCCACCGUGGCCGACGCCGACGAGAUCCUCGUGCUGGAGCGCGGCGCCAUCAGCGAGCGCGGCUCCCACCACCAGCUCGUCGCCAACCCCUCGUCCCUGUACUACAAGCUCUGGGAGAAACAGAACCAACAUCCCUUAUCCAAGUGAUCAAGAACCUCAGCCGCCGACACUGCGACCACAUGUUUUUUUUUUAUUGCCCUUGUAGGCAUACGAGCACACAGCCCACCUAAUGGUGAAAGGUUACCGUCGCCCAUGGACUUCAGCAAUGCCAGGGGCAGAGCCAAGCCGCUGCCUACCGUCUCAAGAAUUGACGACGUUCGCGUUGUUACGGGCUCGUGAAACCACUCAGUACAAGGUGGCUCGUGAAAUCGUGCGCCCAUUCAUCAUCAGAAAACGUUUUAAACUUCAACCUGGAGACUGUUACCAUUUACUAAUCAAAAUUAGUUUAUAGUGAAAUUGUUGACAAACUCCUUUGUUGGAGUGGGGAGGAUAUUUUUGUUCGAUAGUCGAUUUUUCAUAUUUUAUUUAAACGAAAAAUCAAUCGUGAGAUGUUUAACUGUAAUGUGCUACAAUUCACUAAUAAAACAACAUUUUUCUUGGAAUUCAUAAAACAUGAAUUUAUAAAAAUAUGAUUAUCGUGUAGUUAUAAAAUAAAAGUUAGUUAAUGUGAAUGCAUCUUUAAAUCGACUUUGUAAUUGUUGAUGUAAUUAUUUUGUUUUUGAUGUAAUCCGUCUCGAUAUUAUUAGUGUUAUAUUUUAUUAUUUUGCGUUACUAUUGUUGAUAGAAGUUUUUUAAACACAUACAGUUAUUAUUUUGUAGCGACAAUAUAAUAAAGAUGUAAAGGAAUCUUUGUAACUAACAAACGUUUUGCUUCGAAACAGAAAUAUUCGAUAAAAUAUAUACAAUCGGAUCUUUGUUAUAAUAAACCAAAUUAAAGAGAACAUUACAGUCACUACCUUUUAAGAUCUCUAAAUUAAAAUACAUAAACAAGAAAAUAAUAGUAAUCUUAAUUUUGGUGCGCGGUUACAAAUAAAAACGCUAGAACUUCAUGGCCCGCACUAACGCAACAUUCGAACUAAGAGAACCUAGAGUUGGGACACGCCCGAAAAAUAUCGAUAUCGAUUUCUGAUAAUUGUCACUUUUAAUCUAUUAUUGAAUUAUGUAUUUUUUUUAUUUUUGUUCUGUUCCGAAUAAUGCUAUUAAAAAAAUCAAUCAUCGGACUCGUUAAAAAACUUAUAUGUGCAAUUCACACGUAGAAGUGUAACUUUUUGUGGUAUUUUAUUUAAUUUUCUUGCGGAUUAAGUGUUUUACAAAUAUAGCUUGUAUUUUUUUAGUGUCACUUUUUAUUUUCAUUGAAUUUUAAAUCACAAAGGCGCCAAAGAACUUUUCAUUUCAGUUAUGAAAUGAGAGAUGAAAUAUUGUCGGUUCGCUUGGCUCGUGAAUUAUCGACUCUUAUAUAUCCACGUAUAAAACAAUACGUAAUGUGAUGAAAAUUGUUAAAGUAUGCUCAUUGUUAAUAGAGAUAUGGUGUACAGUAUCUGUUGAUUAAGAAGUAUAUUUUGUUAAAU